CUGCUUUAUUGUUUGUCAAAUUUUCCUUAAUCCUGUUUCAUUGAUUUAUUUUCCUGGUUUUGCCUGGGUUAUAAAUUGCUUCGCUUCUUUCUUUGCUUAUAUGCAUUGUGAUACGGACAUGCGAGAGCACCAUUCUGCGAUAUUUCCAUGGAAACUUAAGGAGUAAUUAUUUGUUCUUGCUACCAUAUUUAAUGGUUUUUGCUAUGGAUGAUCGAGAGGCUGACGCUUUCCAUUCAAAGUCUCAAAUAUCCUAGUUUGCCUGUAUACAUUUGGUUUAUUACUUUUUUCCUUAUUUCUUUGAAUUGAAUUGGUCGUUCCAUGCGUGCUUAAAUUGAUAUGAGAAAUGCUGCUCUAACAGACGGGGAUCCCACGACAAAUUUUAUUUUACUUUUACUUAAUAAUUAAAGAAAUUUUUUUAACGACGAUAUAUAUAAUAAAAAGAAAAAAAAAAAAAAGAAAAAAGAAAAAAAAAGAGCACUGGCGUCGGGAUCCCAUCUGUCAUGUGUGGCUGCAGAGCCACUCGAUAGAUAUGGGACAGGCUGUUUCUUUUCUCUUUUUAUAUUUGGAACCGUUUUUGUUCUUUCGACACCUUCCUGUCAGCGGGUGUUGGACCUUUUUCUCUACGUUGAAGUUUGUAGGAUAAAAAAUGGGGCAAGUUUUAUGCUGUGUUCAAGUGGACCAGUCAACUGUAGCCAUUAGUGAAACUUUUGGGAAGUAUGAUAACGUGCUUGAGCCUGGUUGUCACUGCAUGCCAUGGGUUUUGGGCAAGCAUAUAGCUGGCCAUCUCUCCUUGCGUGUGCAGCAGCUGGAUGUUCGAUGUGAAACAAAGACAAAGGAUAACGUCUUUGUUACUGUUGUUGCUUCUAUUCAAUACCGGGCCUUGGCAGAGAAGGCUGCAGAUGCUUUCUACAAACUCAGCAAUACCAGAGGACAAAUCCAAUCCUAUGUCUUUGAUGUUAUUAGGGCAAGUGUUCCUAAGUUGGAGCUGGAUUCUGUUUUUGAACAGAAGAAUGAAAUAGCAAAAGCUGUGGAGAAGGAACUAGAAAAGGCAAUGUCCGCGUAUGGGUUCGAGAUAGUUCAGACUCUCAUUGUGGAUAUUGAACCAGAUGAGCAUGUGAAAAGGGCAAUGAAUGAGAUAAAUGCCGCUGCUAGAAUGAGGGUGGCUGCAAAUGAGAAAGCCGAAGCAGAGAAGAUAUUGCAAAUCAAACGAGCUGAGGGAGAUGCCGAGUCCAAGUAUCUGUCUGGGCUUGGCAUAGCUCGGCAACGUCAAGCCAUUGUAGACGGGCUGAGGGACAGUGUGCUGGCUUUCUCUAUGAAUGUUCCUGGGACUACUUCAAAGGAUAUCAUGGACAUGGUUCUGGUGACUCAAUAUUUUGACACUAUGAAAGAAAUUGGUGCAUCCUCGAAAUCCAACUCCGUUUUCAUCCCACAUGGACCAGGUGCUGUGAAAGACAUUGCUGCACAGAUCAGAGAUGGCCUCCUUCAAGCAAAUACCACUCAGAAUUAGUGUAUACUUGUUGGAGGGUGGCUUUUCUAUUCUUUCUCUUUCUCUGAUUAUUCUUCCUCUUCUUUGUGAAUCAACUACACGUCUAGAAGUUUGAGUGUUUUGCAAUUGAAUGAUAUGGUGUGCGUGCAUGUGUUGUAAAGUUUGGUUGGGGCGAGUGGUGGUAUUGUUUAUAAUAACAAACGGUAUAUAUAUGCAUGGGUACCCCGCUGAUUCUGUUUGCUUUA